AACCUAAGGUUGUCACAAUGCAGGGAGACAAGAUCGACGAUGAGUCGGAUCGGAUCGAAGGGAGUCAUGAGCUCCUCGAAGUCGAUCUCGUUGCUGCCACCAGUUUCGGAGCCAAUCGAAAGAAAAGGAUGGCAAGACAGAGGCGAGUUAACCUCCUCAACCCGCCUUUUGCCUCACUACCCACCUCGAACUCUCACGUGCCCGCUCAUUCUCAGCUUCAGGACCGUCUCACUCCUCCGGAAAUUGAUGCAAGGAGGUUGAGGUUCCUCCUUCAAAAGGAGCUUCGAAACAGUGACGUGAGCUCCCUUGGGAGAAUGGUACUUCCAAAAAGAGCAGCAGAAGCUUAUCUCCCAGCCCUUGAUGCUAAGGAAGGUUUCCCCAUCGACAUGAACGAUAUGAAUGGUCAACGAGUGUGGAACUUCAAAUAUAGGUUUUGGCCCAAUAACAAUAGUCGAAUGUAUGUUCUCGAGAACACUGGGGAGUUUGUAAGGGCUCAUGGCUUGCAAUCUGGAGACUUCAUUAUGCUGUAUAAAGAUGAACAAAGCCAGAAAUAUGUUAUUCGAGCUCGGAAAUCUUGGGAUCAAGACAUUUUAUGUGAUUACACAAUGAAUGACUUAUUCGAUAUCAACACUUACAAUGAUCGCUCUGUUCCUGACAUUGAGGUAAACAAAUCUAGUUACCUCCCAGUAAAUGUAGCCACAGGGGAUGAUCCAUGCAUGUCACUCCUUGGUGACAACACCUUCUUCGAUGAAUUCCCGUUAACUUUUUCAGGUGAACCAGUGCUAGACUACCCAAGGCUUGAGCCAAUAACAAGCUUUGGAUCUGUCGAUAAUGUAUCUUUCGAUGACUUCUUAUAAAAACAGUACCACUACUGCAUGGGAAAUAUCCAACUAUUUGUUAGUUGUAUAACUGGUGGGGUGAUUACUCAUUUUGUUGAACUGAAGCAAUACUUUUUGUAACUCUGGCACUUGUGCAAUAAAUAAAUAUGAACAGCUAAAGGGACCAUGAAAUUA